CAGCAAGCCGUCCACUCCGGAGCACAGCUCGCCAGUCGCCGCCACUACGCCUCCGUCCCCCGAUCAGCCAUGGCGGGUGAAACCCUCGCGGCCUCCCCCGCCUCGUCACCAAAACCCUAAACCCUAUCCCACCGCCGAACCCCGCCACCGUAGUCUACACGUCCGGCGCGGCGGCCAUGGGGCCUCGUCGAGACGGCGUCCGCUUCAUCUCCUCCGGCGUCAAGCUCCCGCGCGCCUCCCCGGCCCCGGCGCAUGCCCUGCUCUCCGCCGCGCUACCCCCGUUCGCGCACAUCGGCCGGGCCAUCGACGCCGCGGCCCGCCGCGUCGCCGCUUCGUUCCCCCGCGUCCCAGCCGCGCGGGCCGAGACGCCGGCCGCGCCGUUGCCGCGGAGGCACGGGAAGGACAGCGGCGGGGCCGGGGGCGAGGAGCGGGUUCUAAUCAGCGAGGUGGCGGUGCGCGGAAAGGACGGGGAGCCCCUGGAGAGGCCCGAGCUGGAGGAGGCGGCCGCCGGGGCCCUGCGAGCGUGCCGCCCCAACGCGGCGCUUACGGUGAGGGAGGUGCAGGAGGAUGUGCACCGCGUGGUGGAGAGCGGCCUCUUCCGCUCCUGCAUGCCCGUUGCCGUCGACACCCGCGACGGCAUUCGCCUCGUCUUUGAGGUGGAGCCGAACCAGGACUUCCACGGGCUGGUCUGUGAGGGUGCCAACAUGCUGCCUUCCAAGUUCCUAGAUGACUCAUUUCGUGACCACCAUGGUAAAAUAAUCAACAUAAGACAUUUAGAUCAAGUGAUUAAGUCCAUUAAUGGAUGGUAUCAGGAGCGCGGUCUUACUGGCAUGGUUUCGUAUGCUGAGAUCCUUUCUGGAGGAAUUCUAAGGCUACAAGUUUCUGAAGCUGAGGUUAAUAAUAUCAAUAUUCGCUUUCUGGAUAGAAGAACUGGUGAACCAACUACUGGAAAAACAAAACCAGAAACCAUACUCCAGCAGCUUACCACCAAGAAGGGUCAGGCAUACAAUAGAGCACAAGUGAAAAGAGAUGUUGAAACAAUACUCACUAUGGGAAUUAUGGAGGAUGUCACAAUAAUUCCGCAGCCCGUGGGAGAUUCUAAUAAAGUGGAUCUUGUCAUGAAUCUUGUCGAACGCAAAUCUGGUGGUUUCUCUGCUGGUGGUGGCAUUUCGAGUGGGAUAACAAAUGGGCCUCUUUCUGGAUUGAUUGGCAGCUUUGCAUAUUCUCAGCGGAAUGUUUUUGGAAGGAACAAGAAGUUGAAUCUCUCACUAGAGAGGGGCCAAAUAGAUUCUAUAUUUCGUUUAAACUACACUGACCCUUGGAUUGACGGUGACAAUAAGAGGACCUCCAGAACUGUCAUGGUUCAGAACUCUAGGACCCCUGGAACACUUAUCCAUGGUGGGGAGCAUCCUGACCAUAGUCCUAUUACAAUUGGACGGGUAACUGCUGGCAUUGAAUAUAGUCGACCUUUCAGGCCUAAAUGGAGUGGUACUCUUGGAUUGAUAUUUCAGCAUGCUGGUGCUCGUGAUGACAAAGGCAACCCUAUGAUCAGAGAUUUCUAUAACAGCCAAUUAACUGCAAGCGGCAAUCCUUAUGAUGACACGUUACUUGCUAAGCUUGAAAGUGUCUACACAGACUCUGGAGAUCAUAGCUCUACAAUGUUUGUUUUCAACGUCGAGCAAGGUCUGCCCAUUCUUCCAGAGUGGCUUAGUUUCAACAGAGUGACAGCCCGUUUGAGACAGAGCUAUGAAAUUGGUCCUGCCCGACUUCUUCUAAGUGCUUCUGGAGGUCAUGUGGAGGGGAACUUUUCGCCUCAUGAAGCAUUUGCAAUUGGUGGGACAAACAGUGUAAGAGGAUAUGAAGAAGGUGCUGUUGGUUCUGGCCGCUCAUAUGCAGUUGGUAGUGGUGAAGUCUCUUGCCGCUUGUUUGGUCCCUUGGAAGGUGUUGUCUUUGGUGACUAUGGUAGUGAUCUUGGCUCUGGUCCAACGGUUCCUGGUGACCCAGCAGGGGCCCGUGGGAAGCCAGGAAGCGGCUACGGGUAUGGUGUUGGUAUCCGUGUGGACUCCCCACUGGGACCUUUGAGACUUGAAUACGCUUUCAAUGACAAACAAGCAAGACGAUUUCACUUUGGUGUUGGGCACAGAAAUUAAAUUAUCGAGGUGGCUGUUGUUUGAUCUCUGUCAGCCUUAAUCUGAUUUACUUGCACUGGUAGGGAUAGUGCCAUUGUCUUUGCGAUGUCGAUACAAGUUUCCGCAAAGCAAAUUUUGUGUAGCCCAGAUUGCCUGAACAUAUACAGUUCUUUGCUUCAAUCUUGUAAACUUUGCUGGAAGCCGCAACCAGAGAAAGCUCUCCAGCUGACAAACCGCGGCGUUUUGUUGAUAUGAAAUUUGAGCUAAGAAAUCAAAAUUGACGACCUGUGUAA